AUGACAGAGAAAGGGUGCGGAGAUAUCGACGAUGAAAAGUUAGUGAUGUGGCAGAACGCAGACGUGGAGUCUCUGCUGGUGGCUGACCUUUCACCUUCCGCGUGGCUCGUUCGAACUUUCCAUCCCACGUGUCGGCGCGUGGCAGUGUUUCGAUCCAAACUGAUAUUCGAUGCAAGGAUCAGGAAAGUGCCAUGCACUCAAGAGAACCAGACAGGCUCUUCACAAAACAUCAGUCUGUCAGCAUUUCAGUAUUUACAACAGCGACAAUAUGGUGUGCACAGAACACAUCCCAAGCAUUUGUUUGCAAACUAUGUAGCACAACAGGUACCAAGUGUUUUACAGGAACAUGAGUUUAGCCUUGGGACAAUUAACAAAGUGUUUGCUGCAAAAUGGCUAAACGACAAGCAAGUUGUAUAUGGAACCAAGUGCAAUCAGCUUAUUGUGAUUAAUGUGACCAAUGGCCGACAGACAGUAAUCCCAUCUCUGCAGUCAAGUGAUGAAAGCAUCCCAGCCAUCUCACCGUGUGGGAUUCAUGCCAUUUCCAUUAACCCUUCUGGCACUCUUCUGGCCACUGGUGCUUCUAAUACUAAUGACAUAGGCAUCUAUAGGCUACCCACUUUUGAUCCUGUCUGUGUUGGAGAGGGUGGACACACUGACUGGGUCUUUGACAUGGAGUGGAUCGAUGACGAAUUUCUGGUCACAGGUUCCAGAGAUAGUCUGCUUGCAUUAUGGCGUGUUGACAAUGUGGAUGACAGUCGCACUUCCAGAAUGACUUGUUUAUACGUUCCAGAGUAUGCUAUCAAGAAACCAAUUUUUACCAAACCAUGUGAAAAGGCGCUCAAAGUACGAGCCCUCACCAUUAAUCAUCGAAGAAGUGAAAUGGCUGUGCUGAGCUUAAAUGCAUAUUUCCAUCUGUGGGAUAUAGAAACUUUUCAUCCACUUUGGAUUAACCGUCUGAGAUGUGCUCGAGAAAAUGUCUGCAUCACUGUAAGUGAAGAAAGAAACUUAUAUGCUGUGGGCUCCCACUCCUGCUUUACCCUUGUUGACUCCAGGAAAAAGACAGAACACCAAAUCCCAGCCAAGCACCGAGAAAGAGGGCUUUUCCAAGGCAUCCGGUCACUAAGUUUCCAAAAAGACAUCAUCACCAUUGGAACAGGUGUGGGACUUGUCAUGUUUUAUGACAUACGUGCAGGCAAGUACUUGGAGAAUCCAUGCGGCCACCCUUGUCAGCUUCUUGUGGGAAAUGGUUGGCUGAAACACGACGAAAGCUACCAAGACAUUUUCUUGGACAAUAUAUACCCAAAUGCUAUUUACACUCAUGCAUAUGAUGAAACGGAGUACGACUCUUCACAGCAGGUGGACCUUUGCCUGCUCAGCUGUGGGGUAACUAUGCGGCACUCUGGGCAUAGCUGUCGUUUGUCCCACCAAGCGAAUAAGAAAAACUAGGCCAUGUGCCAGACCAGGCCAAUGUCAAACUUUUUUUUUUGUCUUUUUGAGGGCUUCAGACAUUCUGACCCCUUGCCUGAUCUUCUGUCCUGUCUAGUCUGCAAGUCAGCCUUGAUAGGAAAACUCAAGCAAGAACUUUUCCCCCAGCAUGAUUGUGAUAUUUGUAAAAACAGUUAAAAGGAAGUUUGCAAUGUCUGUGGCACAAGAUUGUAUGUUUGAGAGUGUGCAUGCACAGAUGCAUGUGGGUGAGCAUGUGUGCAUAUAGCAUGCAUAUAUGCAUCAGCAUUGUAUAUACUUCACUUCUGCAUGCAUGCACAUAAUGAUGAGGUGCAAGCAAGGCUGUUGUUUCAAAUCACGGUAAACUAAGCUUCCAAGGGAAGCAACAGCUAUCUUGAAGUUUACACAAUCCUGAGUGUCUUGAGGGAGAGAAUUUUCUGCGCUUGCAUCAUUAUAAUGACUGCAUUGGGUUGUUGUUUGUUUUUUUUUUUUUCUUUUUUAAUCUCUUUCUCUCCACCUGUGAUACUGUGUGAAAAAUUCACUUUGAAAAUGACACAGAAAGUAAUCUGUUGUGGAUUUUGGAAUGUAUGUUUUCUUAAAGUGCAUUUAUUAAUUUAUUGUGUUAGAAAGCAGACUCCAUGGAAAGCAUAUGUAGGUUGCCUAACCAGCAUCAUGAUCAGUAGCUGACUUUCUGAAUGACCAUCAUAUGGUUUACCCCAUGCAUGGCAUCUGAAACUAAACACACUAUUACCCUUAAAAACAUUUGAGCUGUCUCACAAAUUAAUGUCAAGUCUUCUAAAAAUGUCAUGAUUGGUUGCAUACAAUUUUUUUAAAAGUAUGUUCCAAAAGCUAAAGGCUAAUCUAAUGCAAAAUUACUUUCAAAUGAGUGGGAUUAGAUCAAUGAAGCUACUAAUUCCCAAGUUUUGAGCAAAAUAUUAUGUCAUGUUCAUGAGGUAUAAGUCUUAGUUUUGGAAAGAGUUCAAGACAUAAAUGUCGUCCAGAAAACUAGGCAAACACCUCAUUAGCAUAUGCGUACAAUGGUUGAGGCUUUUGAUGCAGUUUUUAAAAAAAAAAGCAAUAGAUUUUUGUAACAAACCAAUAAGAGUUGAUAACUUUUCUGAAGACUUACAAGUUUUAGCUGAAUUUCAUGUUUGACUUGGACUGCUUGAUUGCACAAAAAUUGCUUAUGAGAUGUCAUUCAAAGGCUAAUUCUAGGACAAACCAGUUAUAAUGAAUUUGCUGUCCAGAAAGCUGCUGGAAAUUUUCAAAGCUAUAAAGAUCAGAUUAAGUGGGUCAACUUGCAUCAGUCUGUCAAAAAAGUAAUAUUGGGUAAGUAACCUGAAGCAGGAAUGCAAAAUCAUGCAUCAGGAAUGCAAGAUCAUGGUCAUGGAUGAUAAUAUAAAGUGCAGUGUCUUUCCUAGUUUAUCAAGAUCUAAGAAUGACUGCACUUUUAGAAAAAGCACUUUGGCCAGGAGUUAGAGGUUUAUUGAAUUAUUUCAGAGCUAGCAAAAGCGCAUUGUGAAUAGAACUAGGUGACUUGUUAAAGGGGGGCAGUAAAAAUGAGUUUGGUGUAUUUUUGCGUAAACCAUUGCAGUGGUCUUGUGACAGGAGUGACAAAGCAUUUGAUUAUUGUGUGCUUAACUGCUAGUGCUGGAAGCUUGAGGAGCAGGAAAAUGUCUGGAUGUAUCAAGGCACCAUCUCUUGCAGCUUACUAUUGCAUAGCCAGUAGGGAUAUACUGGACAAUUGUAUUUUCAGCUCUGUGAGUAUGAUGUAUUGUGGGACUCUUAUUUUGUAGGCAAGGUCUCCAUAUUAGUUCUGUCAUAGAACAUAGCCAGGCAAAGCAACAUCCUGUCAACAUUGCCAUUUCUGUUGAAUUUAGCUUUGUGAGAGUGCCUUUUUUCUGUGGAUGACCUUUUUGUUUUGAGGCGUGUUGCUGUUCUUUGGUUUUUUUUUAGAGAUUUACAGCCUGAGCAGAGCUCACAACUUUUUAGAGCUGUUCUUCAUAGGAAAAGAAUCUGUGGCAUUUUCUUUAACAGUUUUAUAAAGAUUAAGGAGAUGUUGAUGCUGCUGAGGUUGAUUGUGAUUUAUGUGACAGGGUUGUGAACACUUCGCGUUUCUUCCUAUUUCCCUUUUUCUCUCCUUUCAAGACUGAUGCUUACCACACAUCAGGCAGAAAUGCAUGAAGGCAGAUAAAUGGACUCAAAAAGGGAUGUAUGCAAAUUGUGUACCUGUUAUAGGUAGGAAAUUGUGGUAGUAGCAUUUGCUUUAUGCAGAUAAUAUCCUUUUUAUUUCUCUAGACUCUAAGGCACAUCAUUGUAGGCCACAGCGAUUUCUAAGACUAUUUAAGAGAGUUUCAGAAGGUGUCGAUGUCGAGUACAGAUUGUGUAUAUAUGUGUAGAAUGUGUGUGUGAGAGGAUAAGAAGGACACAGGAUUGAGGUGUUGGAAUAUGUCAUAAUUUACAAGCAAAAGUUGAAAAUUCAUUUAAAAAAUGUAUCAGAACCUUUAUGGUUUCAGAAAGAUUAGGAAAUUGAAGGUUGUGUUAGAGAUAAGGAUCAGUCAGGAUUUAUUUGCAUUGUCCUUUGAUUUUUAAGUAACCACUGACAUCUGUGUGUGCAUGUGCAUUGAAGCAAGACAGAGCAAACUCUCCAACUGGUAUUACUCUAUAUUUAAGUAGAAUUGAUUAAAAUGAAUAGUCGAUGUUCUAAAGAACCUGCUUUUGUUUACUGUGUCAUGCAAGGAAGUUUGCAAUUUGAAGUAGUCAUGACUCGCAUAGUUCUUCCUGUGAAAGUAGGGAGGAUUAAAAAAAGGUUAUGUUUUAGUAAUUUGUUAAAAAGAAAAAACUAUUCUAAUAACAGAAAAGUAUUAACAAGGAUAUGUUUUAUAGCUUUGUUUAAAAAAAACCAACUAAUAUCAGGCUCUUCAUUGAGGGCAUUUUAUUUUCAAACUUUUAGUAGGAAUUAUACAUUGUAAAUCAUGUGUUUGUCAGUUUUUUAAAUGUUUAGAAGGGUUGGGUUUUUUUUGCAUGUCACAUGCAUGUUUUGUGAGAAAGCCUGUGUGUGCGUGCAUGCAUGCGUGUGUUAUGCAUGUUUGCAUUUUUAGCUUAUCAUUCUUAUACCAUGAUAUAUGCUGCUCAUCUCAGACCUUUUUUGUGGUCCCAAGACUACUGUGUACUAGGCUAUCAAGUUCAGCUUUAAAAUACUAAAUAAAUUUUAAAUACUUUUCUUUCAAGACCAACAUUUAAACAAAAUAAAACAGAAAAAUGUCAGUAUUGUUAUUUAGACAAAUGACUGGACCUCUGGGCUCCUUUCAAAAUAAAUACUUUUAAGUGAAA